AUGAAUAUAUGUUCUACCCAAAAUAAGACAUUUUCCUUUCAUUCUACACUUCAAUUUAGGUGUGUUGGGGGGAAAGUUUCCACAAUCAAGAUGUCAAAGGUUAAGAAGCACCCAAUUGCAGAUCCUAAAAACCCUAGAGUGCUCCUCCGUCCUGUUCGAAAACCAUUCAAAGUAAACACUACGCCACCUAUUGCAUCGCAGUUUAAUAAUCCAGAGUCUAGUGAUAUUGUUCUCAAAGUUGGUAAUGACUUGUACUAUAGUCACCGGAUUGUUUUAUGCGCUGCAAGUGAAGUGUUCUCAAGCAUGCUGGGUCCAGAUUGGAUUGAAUCAAAAAAAUCCGAGCUCGUUCUCCGAGAGGACUCAUGCUGUGUUAAAGUUUUUCGCAACUUUCUCCAGUAUCUCUAUAGCGGCAGCUUGUGCAUUAAGAAUGACCAUGUGUUCAGUGUAUUCUUAUUGGCGGAUAAAUAUAACGUCAAGAAUCUGUAUGACGAAUGCGUAAAACAAAUCGUCGAUAGUCUGUCCGUCAGAGUAGAGCUGAUCCCAACCACGUUUAUCUCAAAAUCUGUGUCUGCAUCGAGUUUGUCCUUUCUCAGUAGUGAUACAUCUUCAUCGGACAGUGAGAGCAGUGAUUCAUACGUGAAUGUAAUUGAUCCCUCACCGCAUGACUCGCCAAUGAAAAGGCUGUGCAAGAAACAAAAACGCAAAGAAAUUCUUGUACCUGAAGAAGGUUUUUCAAUGGAUCUUGUAAUCAAAAUGGCAAACUAUUUCGCAAAUAAGGCAAUCAGUGAAGCUGCGUUAUACAAUCUUGAAUCACGACUAGUUAACAGUUUCCGUCAAAACAACUACAGCGUAUGGAAUUCCUUAGAUGAAUCAUUGGUCACCAAAAUGCUCUCGGACACCAACUUCUACGUCGGAGAAAGCAUCCUGUUUAGUGCAACAAAAAAAUGGUUGAACUUUCAUCCAGAUCGACAAAAAAAAGACGUCAUAAAAAGGGUGAUAUCUCAAAUCAGAUUUCCAGUUCUCUCAAUAGAGGAACUUUAUGAUGUUGAACAAGAUGAAAUCAUUAGAGGUUGUGAUGAGGCUAAAGAACUUGUUACUGAUGCCAUACGAUUCAAUCUAUUCAAAGGAUGUAAGAAAGCGACAUCCAAUGAAAACUGGAAUGCACCCAGAUAUCAAAGGCGUUGCAAGAAAGAGAAAGGUUUUGAAUACCUUGGUAUGCCAGCUAUGUUUGAGAUGCUGAAACCAUCUGGAAGCAGUAGCAAGAAAAAGAAAUUGUCAUAA